AAAGGAAAAAUACCCAUUAAACAUUUGAAAAAAAGUUUUUUGGGGAUUAUUAAUUUAACUAAUUUAACUAACAUAAUGGCGCGCCUUCACCUAGCUCUCCUCCUCCUCUUCGUCGCCGUCUCCGCCGUGAUCGUAUCAGCCGCUGAUAAACCACCAUCGACAACCACCGCCGGAGCUCCCACCGCCACAACUCCGACCGACGGAGAUGUAGAUGUAGCGGAGGCUCCGGGAGACGACAACGCUAUUGGAACAACCGAUGAUGAUGCUGCUGCUACUCCCGGAGAUGAUGACGUGGCGGUCGCCGGACCUAUCGGAAGCGAUUCUUCCUACGCAAAUUAUCCGCCGCCUCAACAAGCUUCCGGAAGCGUCGCCACCGCCACGAUUGGCUUCGCUUCUUCUGUCGUUGGUGCGACGGUUGGAUCGCUCUGCUUUUUCUGAGCUGUGAUCGGCGCGUGAAAAUUAAGAAAUUAAGAUUACUUUUCUUAAUGAAUCUUUGUAAUAUUUUCUUGUAGAUAUGUAUAAAUAUUUGCUCGUCCCUUCAUUGGUAAAACUGGGAUGAUACGG